AGAUGGCUUUGUAUUUGUUGCUUCAGAUCUUCUGGCUAGCAACAACGCUAGAAGGAUUAGCAUCACAACCUCAAGUAACAACCAAGCCCGGCUGCCCCGACAAAUGUGGGAAUGUUGAAAUUCCCUACCCGUUUGGUAUCGGCGAUAGCUGCAACAUUGGCGUGGGAGGCUUCAAUAUCACCUGCAACGACAGUGCUUAUGACCCUCCGAAACCGUUUAAAGGCGAGCUGGAGGUUCUCGACAUAUCAUUAGUUUCGGGCCUAAUGAGGAUUUCAGGCGAUGUAAGUUGGAAGUGUUACAACGAGACAGGAGUGGAUUCCAUCUUCACGAGUUGGGUCAACUUGAACAGUAGUUCUUCAUUCACGUUCUCGGAAACUCGUAACAAAUUCAUGGCCAUCGGUUGUGAUACCUAUGCCUACAUCAAUGGCUCAGGGGGCCGUAACUUCACAAGUGGCUGUAUGUCAUUUUGCAGCGACACUAACAGCAUGCUUGAUGGCGAUUGCUCCGGUAUAGGAUGUUGCCAAACCUCUAUCCCAAAGGCUUUCAAGAGAUACGAGGUGGAUUUUAAUAGCGACAAUAAACAUCAAAAUGUCUUGAGUUUCAAUCCGUGUAGCUUCGCCUUUCUGGUGGAUCAAAAUGCGUUCAGCUUCAAAGCAUCAGAUCUGAACAGAUUUAAUAGAAACCAAACCAUGCCGGUAGUGCUUGACUGGGGCAUUGGAAAUGAAUCCUGUGAGAUUGCACGGAAGGACGCGACCACCUUCGCUUGCGUGAGUGAGCAUAGCACCUGCUAUAACUCCACUAAUGGUGAGGGUUACCGGUGCAAUUGCUCUGAAGGUUACCAAGGAAAUCCUUAUCUCAGUGGAGGGUGCCAAGAUAUCAACGAGUGUGAGGAGAAUCACGAGAAGAAACUUUGUCAGCAUAAUUGCAUAAAUUCGCCGGGAAGUUAUUAUUGUUCCUGUAAAAAGGGCUACAAAGUAGUCCAGGAUGAUGAAAGAUACUGCACAAAAGAGUCACACGAAGUGGCCCUUGUUCUAGGCAUUGGCUUAGGCCUCUUGUUUCUACUCGUUGGUGUUUGUUUGUUGUACUGGCUGUGGAGGGAAAGAAAACUCAUCGAACUCAGAGAAAAAUUCUUUAAGCAAAAUGGAGGUUUGUUGUUACAAGAAAAGAUAUCUUCCCACCAAAAUUUUGCUGAGACAUUCAAGAUCUUUACCUUAGAUGAGCUUAAAAAGGCAACGGAUAACUACCAUGAAAGCCGAAUUCUAGGACAGGGAGGUCAAGGUACAGUUUAUAAAGGAAUUUUACCGGAUCAUAAAAUAGUCGCCAUUAAAAAGUCCAAAAUAGUGGACAAGGCCCAAAUUGAGCAGUUUAUAAAUGAGAUCCACAUCUUAUUCCAGAUCAACCAUAGGAAUGUGGUGAAGCUCUUGGGGUGCUGUUUAGAGGCCGAAGUUCCCUUAUUAGUAUAUGAAUUUAUUUCCAAUAAAACCCUUUCUCACCAUAUCCAUGACAAGAGCCAUGGGUCAUUAAUUUCCUGGGAAAACCGUCUAAGGAUUGCUGCAGAAGCUGCAGGAGCACUUUACUAUUUGCACUCUUCAACCAUGACACCAAUCUUCCACAGAGACGUCAAGUCUGCAAACAUACUCUUGGAUGAUAGUUUAACGGCAAAGGUGUCUGACUUUGGAACAUCUAUAUUCGCACAGUUGGAUCAGUCUCAACUUGCCAUGCUAGUGCCUUGCACGCGAGGGUACUUGGACCCGGAGUGCCUUGUUACAGGCCAACUAACAGAAAAGAGCGAUGUAUAUAGUUUUGGAGUAGUUCUUAUGGAGCUCUUGACAGGGAAGAAGCCUAAUUCUUCCACUCCAUCCAAAGAAAUAAGGACUCCGGUGAUGUAUUUCCUUUUAUCGAUGAAAGAGAAUCGCCUCUUUGAGGUUUUGGAAGAACAAGUUCGGAACGAAGGGGAACAUGAACAGCUCAUGGCAGUUGCUCAGCUUGCUAGGAGAUGCUUGAAACUUAAGGGGGAAGACCGGCCUACAAUGAAGGAAGUGGUGAUGGAGCUCGAAUCGCUUAGAGGGUCUUAUGAACAUCCUUGGAAUCCAGGGAAUUAUGAAGAGACUGAGAUCUUGCUAGCCGAACCUAUGCAAGGUAAUGCUAGCAAUGCGACCAACGAAUACAGUACAGAUAGCCACUUUGUAACAGAAAUGGAGAUGGCCACAUUUCAAUUACGAUAGAUUGGUAUGGUAUUUUGGUUAAGUAAGAUUAGUGUUCCACGGCUAGCACUUUCCCUAUUUGUUUUGAUCAUGCAUGCUGGUUUUUUUCUUUUUUUGGUAAUUGAAGCAGAACAUUUAUGCUA